AUGGCGGAGGUUAAGCGUCUCGAGCUACUCGGCGAAAAAACUCUGCAUCAAACGGUGAAUCCAGAACUUUUCGUAUACUGUUCAUCGAUGGAUUUGAUAGCGUUGGGUAGUACUGAUCAGCAAGUUUUGAUCUAUCGUCUGAACGGACAGAGAGUCUACGGGGCUGCACAAAAGGUCAAUACUCUUCGUGUUGAAAAGAUCAGCUGGAAACCAAAUGGCCAUUUACUGGCAAUCGCUUGGAGUGAUGGGUCUGUACGUCUCGUUGGUGCUGAAAGCACAAAGGUGGUCCACCACUUCUAUACAACUACAGAUGAUCAAGAGUUCUCGGGUGUCACGUGCAUGAGUUGGAGUUCGAAUACCAUCGGUAGAAGAGUUGAGGGUAAAGGCUCGAAGCUUGUCCCAGAUACUUUGAAGAAUAUAUUUAAAGAUGAGUCGGAAUUAUCUGAAGGGAGGGCGGUUUUGGACUUGCCAAGAGACCUCGCUCUUCUUGACAUUGAACAUAGCCUGCCAAAGCUAAGUGUUCUCCCUGCAGGAGGAACCUCAGAUGAGGUUUUUAGUUCCAGAUCAUCUCUAGAUUCGCUUUUCCGUCCAUUUGACCCAGAAGAUAACGACAUGGCCGAUGUCAUGGUCGUUGGGACGAAGGAGGGCAAUAUCCAUUUGAGUAUUUACGACUCAUUUGUUGUAGGAUAUUUCAAGGCUCCAGUGAUCGUUCAGAGACGCCCAGCAUAUCUUGUUUCACAUGCGUCCCAUAAAUUAUAUUCAACGCAUGCAUUGCUCAUGAAAACCAGUGAAUCUGAAGAAAGGUUCUAUUUCGUCCCAAUGGAUCUUCGCUUCUUAUCUGCCUCGAGCGAGUACCUCUCUAUCCUUGCGUCUCGGUCAACAGCUCUGGAGAAUCUUCUCCGGUACAUCAAUCAAAUACGAAGUCUUAUGCUUGCCGAAUGGAAGUCAACACAAGAAUUACCCAGCAGAUUCCUCCUAAAUAUCAAUGAAACUCUUGCGGAACAAGGAGAUCGGGAUAUUGUACAGGCACUUUAUCAUUCAGUCGCAACUGGCCAUACUUUCCCGACUGUACGCGAGUGGCUUGUGGAUGAGCUGACAGAAAGAGGUCAUAAAAGAUGGGAUAAAACCGUGGUAUCAGGUCUAGAAAACCUACGACGUUUGGUUCAUGAGAAUAUGAUUCCGGCUCUUGACCGUUGUUCUGUUAUUCUAAGCCGAUUGAAUGGGAUUGCGAAAUUUCAGGGUCCUGAUUCUUCAUUGGGUUUCUCCAGUGCUCAGAUUACUUCAAUAAUGGAUACGGUCGCAUCUCUGCAUCUUGUUUCUGCCAAAAUUUUACUCCAGGUGGUAGAUGAGCUUGAACUCUUUACCUCGUUUUCUGCUUGGCUACGUUACGAGAUCGAUAGACUGGCAUCUGAUGCGUCUUCUUCACAUAAUGAUGAUGCUGCUGAGAAAGAGACUUCGAUCGAUCACAGUAAAGUACUACUCUACAUCCAAACAGUGAUGACUAACAGUCCAUUGGCGGCUUUUAUCGGCGAAAUCACACUUGAAGACUACGAUGAUGAAAGUGCGCAUAUAGGAAAGGGCGUUCAAGUAUUCGAUUUGCUCACAAGACAGUUGGAAAAGCAAGAGCAAGGUCUGAAAUACAGGAAGACUUUGCCACAAGUAGAAUUCCUCUGCAAAUAUUUGAGGAUCCAAGCAGCUGCUAUCUUUACUCAAAUUGCAGACGCUGAAAAGAGCAAUGUCAUCUUCGGCAAGGCAAGUGAACUCGGAAUGGCCCAAAAGAAUGUGCCUAUCGAGAUGAAGAUGAAUAUAAUUGAUCGUAAUGCUUGCUAUAAUUAUAUUGCUUUUGUGCCAAAAGGAUCCUUAAAUAAAGUUCAAAUCAUUCAGGUAGAACUUUCCAUCGAGAACGGUAUUAGCACUGUGCGCAGCACGAAUUCGUCUAUUCUUCAGCUUGGCGAUGGGCAAAUCAAGGACCUCAAAUUCAUGGACGACAGCAUCAUACUUGUAUUAUGGGAGGCCAAUGGAAAGUGCAACCUUCUCGGAAUACCCUACAAGAUGGGAGGAGAUCAUAUAAAGUAUCAAUCUCAUCGAAUCUCCGCAAGUCGCUCCAAGGCAAUCAUUUUGAGUAACGAGGAAGUAAUUGAUAACUUCCUGCUAAAUGAAUUUGCAGGCGAAGGGUCAAUUAUUCCAGAAAAAAUGAUGAUUCGACCACAAAUUGGGACCAAAAAUAAUGACGACACGAAGAGAUUAGUGAUUUUGGCCAAAGAUAGCCUUCAUUAUAAAGUUUUUAAAUGGGUUGGAGCACCCUCUGAUAAAAAUAUUGCCGAGGAUAUUCCAAUGUCUUGA